AUGCGAUCAUUACUGAUACUCAUAACGACGUUGAUACUGCUUGCGCAUUCACAAACACAAACACAAGCACAACAACAACCUCAACAGAUAGUAUCUAAUUGGGGCUUUGAAUACGACUCUGCCUCAUCAGCAUGGAGUGAUCCUCAUUCAUUGAUAGGUCAGCCAACAUCACAGUAUGACGUGUUCCAGGGACAGCGAGCAGCAAUCUUUGGCUAUCCAAACACAAACAGUCUGACACAACUAGAUCUGAAUCAAACUGUACUGUUUCCUGUGUUGCAAGCGACGCCUGAGCAUCCUUGGUCGCCCGAUCAGCUGCUGCUACAGUUUGCGUUCAAGGCGCCACCACUCAACAUCACGAUGACCAACACUCACUUCUCAUUCAUUGUCAAUGUGGAUGAGACACUGGUCUUCUGGCUAACAUCGUCCUGCUAUCAAGAUCCAGACUUCAAUGUCGAGCUCAUUGACCAGUACAACCUAUUCAACACCGACGUCACGCAGUUUGCCGAUGGCAACAAUCACAACAUAACCUUCAGACUAACCAUCGUAUCAUUCAAUGCCGAAUCAAACUUCAACCUCUACAUCGAUCACGUCAACUUAUUCACCACCCUUAAGACGCCCUUAGAGUAUGACUUGUUUGUGUCACCAAGUGGAGAUGACACUAAUAAUAAUGGAAACAAGUCCAGUCCAUUCCAGACUGUUCAACGCGCGAUAGAUUCAAUAUCUGAACAACAAUCAUAUACGAUAUAUAUUGAUAGCGCUGUAUAUAACUUCCAACAGCUGGCCAGCACGGUAUUCACGCGAGGCAAAACGCUGACCAUUGUCGGCCUGCCAUCCGAGCAGCUGGUCUACCCAACGUGGACGGGAACAGUGGGCACGCUGCUCUCUGUGCUGCCCGCCCCCAUCACCUACGCUUACAACCCCAACACAAACUGUCCCAUCAUGCCGAGCAAGGCACUGUUAGCGCCUGUGUCGCUAAGCGAUGUCCAGAUUGUCGACCUCACACCCAGUCCGAGCAGCUUGCUGAGUGGCUGUUAUGCAGUGAUCGUGACGCAGGGUGCCCAGGCGGUGUUCGCCUCGGUACCGCUGCUCAAUCACACAUCCAGCUCGCAGAUGGGACUCGCUUGCGUGGCGCCCAGCGCCACACUCUCGGUGCAAGACUCGACGUUCAACAACAUCACCACAGCCUCGCCCGGCUCGGUCUUUUCUUCGAUCAAUGGCACGCUACAGAUUACAAACACCGUAUUCUCAAACAUCUUGUACAACUCUGUCCGAUCGACUAUGGGACAGCUGGGCAUUACCACAACAGAGUUUGUUCGCGCUGGUCCUAUCAACAGUAUCACCGACAGGUCGGUGACUCUGAGUCAUCUCAAUCUGCACGACGCCACAAGCAACAACGUGCCGCUGAUCAAUCUGCCCAGCGUGCUCAAUUCGAUCGACAUUAGCGAUAUCACCAUCCACGACUCGAGCCAUAUUGGCGGCAUUCUCUGCGGCAUGGCGGCGCAGACCAACAUCGCCAACGUCCAAAUGUACAAUCUCAAACAGAGCAACAAUGGUCUGAUGAUCUCGUCGACCGCGCAGCUGAGCAUGUCAAACGUCACCGUCUCGUCGUGCUCGAACUUCGACACCAACGAUUUCAACUUCAUCAGUCUGGUGCAGGUUACUGGACACAUGGACGCGAUCACCAUCUCGGGCAUAUCGCUCGAGACUGAGGUGUCCAUCAUCAGCGUGUCGCAGGGGUCAAAUAUCAACGUCACCAACCUCUACAUGUACAACAAUCAGAUCCCGCUGGUCUCCAACCAGGGCUCGAUCCUGUCGUUCGACCACGUGACAUUGUACAACAACUCACUCUACUCGCUCGUGCGUUGUGCCUCGGGUAUCUUCUCGAUCAGCGACACCCAAGUCGUCAACAACCUCGUGACAGCCAUCGACACGACCGACUGUCAGGUGUCCAUCGCCAGCAGCAACUUCUCGGCCAACGCCAACUACAUCUUUGAUCAGUACCCGUUGGUCACGAUCAAGCAGGGCACGCUCACAAUGAACGACCUUACAUUCUCAGGCAACAUUGGCUUCGACGUCCUCUCACUCAAUGGCCUGGAGACGGCCACACUCGACAGCGUCACAUUCGACUCGAACAAGUUUGGAUGCCAACUAGGCGCUGCCAACUGUCUCCAAUUUAAGGGCGAUCAACUUUUGUUUACAGGCAACAAGGAGCUGCAACCUGUGCUCGAGCUGACCAACACGACGGCCACCAUCACCAACUCACACCUCUUGUUCAAUGUGUAUCCAAUCAACAUCACGCGAUCAUCAAUAAGCUUUGACAACCUCAACAUCGUCAACACAACGGGCGACAGUGCCAUCCGUAUUCAAUCUUCAAACGGUGUGUGGAGCAACAGUGUCAUCUCCAACAACACAAUCUCCCCAACAGGCUCAACCCUGCACUUGGAGGACAGCGACAUCUCGUUCGUGGACGUCACGCUGGCCAACCUGUCGUCGCCAUCCUACCCGAUCGGCAAACAACGCGGCGGAAACACCUCAUUCAUGCGCUGCAACAUCACCAACACAAUUGGCUCAGUGUCUGGCGGUUUCCAAGUCGAUAGCGGCACGCUCAUCAUGGUGGACUCGACGCUCAGUAACAACUUUGGAAAGAUAUGCGCCGUUCUACUGGCCAGCAACUCGACCAUCAACAUCGUGGGCUCAACUAUCGAUAACAAUGUGGCGUCCGAGUCGAUCGUCCAACUCAACCAGGAGAGCAGCUUCUACUUCACGGGCAGCACGUUCCUCAAGAACAUCCUGUCCAACUCGCUGCACAUCACUGACUCAAAAGGCACCAUCGACCAAUGUCGCUUCCAGGACAACAGCGAUCUGGGUACCAUCGUGCACAUCAAGAGCUCGGACGUCACCAUCCAGGGCACGACCUUCCUCACCUCAUUCACGCUCAACGACGGCUCGUACUCGACCAUUCACAGCAUGCAGUCGUCGCUGACCAUCCUUGGCUCAUCGUUCUCCAACAACCUCGGCACCUUGCGUCCGGCCCUCGCCAUCGAGACCACCAACAUCAUAGUCAACAACUCGCGUUUUGAGAGCAAUGUCAACCUGUACGGCAUGGGCGGCAUCCUCUACCUGUCGCAGUCGACCGCGUCCAUCAACUCCAACGUCUUCAAGAAGGGCAGCGCACACCUGGGCGGCUGCAUGUUCAUCUCACAGACCUCGGCAUUCAUCAGCAACAAUACAUUCAGUUCUUGCUCAGCGUCGUCUGGUGGCGCAAUCUUUGUAGACUACUCAAACAUCAAUGUCACUCAAUGUUCAUUCGAUCAGUGCUCAGCAUGGCAGGGCAGCUACACAGACAUCAGCGACAACUCAUCCUACGUCAACAAUGGCGGUGCGAUUGCCGUGACGCCCAUCACACAGUUCAGGCGCAAGACCAUGGUCUACGUGUCCAGCACUUACUUUACUGACAAUAAGGCCAUGCUGGAUGGUGGCGUGGUCUGGUCAUCCGACUCGCGUACCCCUACAUUCGUCUACCAGUCCAGCUUCAUUCAAAACUCGGCGUCGGGUGGCGGUGGCGCUCUGUUCUGGGAGAAGCAGCCCAUCUACGAACUGGACGACAGAUUCCUCAACAACAUCGCCAUCUACGGACCUCAACACGCUACUGACGGACGCAAGAUCAAUCUGGACUUCCCCAAGCCACCGCAACGACAGCUGAUCUUCCCCAUCGUGGGAAGCUUCAUUGAUUUCUAUGAUCAGCUGGUGGUCAAUCACCCCUCCUAUCAGUUCAUUCUCAAUGUGCGCGGCAUCCAGAACUCCAACGAGUCAAUCACCAAGCAGUCGGCACCCUAUCUCGGUCAGUCCACCUUCUACGCCACAUUGACAGGCGAGCCUGGCGACCAGUACCUUGUGAAUCUGACACUGCUUGCGCCAUCUGGCGAGUUGUUGUACAAGAACGUCACAGUCAUCACCAUUCAGACGUGCAUGACCAAUCAGUACCUGCGUAACAACAUCUGUGCUCUCUGUCCCACUGGUCAGAUUGGCUACAAUGGCAUCGAGUGCUAUGUCUGUCCCGAAACGACCAACUGUCCCGAUGGCAACAUGUACCCAAAUCGAGGCUACUGGUUCUCCAACUUCACCUUCCCACCCGAGAUCUACAAGUGUGAUCCAACCAUCUGUCUUGAGAAGCAAUGCCGUCCGCUCCAUACCGGUGUUCUUUGCGGACAAUGUGUUCCAGGCGCAGCCAAGUCUGCCAUCUACUGUCACAAAUGUACAAAGGACAACCCUGGCACCAUAAUAUUGUUCGUCCUGUUUUGUCUUGGCAUGACGGCACUUCUAACAAGAUAUAGUAUACCGACCAGGAGCAUAUUAUAUUCGAUGUUUAUCACGCUUCAAUUGUUGGGCAUCAUGGGCGAAAGGAAUGACAGCUUCUACUUCUUCUCAAUAUUCAAUUUUAGAAUUGACUUCCUGCCCAGUUGCGUGUCGCCCAAGCUCAGUUACCUUGCCAAAUACUACAUCACCAUCAUGUCCAUGGUGUUUGUGGGACUGUGCAGCUUCAUCCUUCAUGGCGUGCAGCGUGUGCGCCGACUCUUUGGCCUGCCACUGGUCGAGAUGAAUGUUCAGUGGACCAAACGAUUGAUCUCAACAGCGUUGUUCUUCUACGUUCCCAUUACCUACACGAGCCUUACCCUGGUGCCAUGCAAGAGAAUCGAGUCAUCAUGGUACUUGGACUACGAUCAAGGAAUUGAAUGCUACACGUCGGCCCACAUUGGUGCCAUGACCUUUGGCAUUGUCACCAUGUUGCUAAUGUCCAUCCUGCUACCACUGCUCACGCUACUUAACCGCUACCACUCACAUCGAACCAUCAACCCAGUGCUGUUUGCCCAUCUCCAACCGCGCUACCAACACUGGGACGUGAUCCGACUGCUCAUCUGUCUGUUGUUCAUCUUCAUCUCUGUGGGCUUCCAGUUCUACUCGUCCGAACAGUCACUGGUCAUUGCCCUGCUGAUUGGCGUUGGCUUUGCCAUCCUAUAUCUGAACCAGCCAUACAAGAAUGACAAGCGCAAUCGUUCAGAGAUCCUUCUAUUGUUCAUCGUGCUGCUGGGCACGCUGGCCUCCAACUCGCGAAUGCUGACCUACAAUCCCAGCCUUGGCAUCACUUUGAUGGUGUUGUCAUCGCUGGCCAUUGCCGUGGCGGCCAUAUAUAUUCUCCUCAAACUGAGGUUGCAAGCCAAGCUGUCCAAAGUUAAGUAA